AAAAUUUUUUAUAUUUAAUUUGUUAAUUAAUUUUAGUUAAUAGUUAACCACAGGUUAAAUGUUCAAUUACCCUGAGUAUUAAACAAUAUUUACUAAAUAUAUUAAUUAAUUUAAUCAACAUUUUAUUUAAAUAAUGACUAUUAAGUGUGUUACCUCUGUUGUUGUUGGAGUUUCUAGUUUUUUUCUAGGUAUAUGGAUAGAUAGAAAAUAUAGGGAACAUAAUAUUUCCCAUAGAAUACCAGGAUUUAAAAUAUUUGAUGCUGUGUAUGCCGAAAGCAAUGUUGUUAAUAAUCAGCAAUUAGUUAUUAACAAUGAACAGCGAGUAUCUCAAAUAAUGAAAUAUGGAUUUCCAAGUUUGGAUAAUGUACGAUCAUAUAAUAAUUUUGUUCUUUCUUAUGACCAAAGGAACCGUAUACCCCAUUGGGUUUUAGAACAUUUGACACCAGAAAGUGUACAAUAUAAUCCCAAAGUAGAUAGAGCAUUAUGUGACUUUUUUGAAGAUACCUCAAUUCAUGAAUUUUUUCGAGCUACAAACAAAGAUUAUAAGCAUAGUGGAUUUGACCGUGGACAUCUAGCAGCAGCUGGUAAUCAUAAAGCAAGUCAAGAAUUAGUAAAUCAAACAUUUGUCUUAUCAAACAUUGCUCCACAAGUUGGAAAAGGAUUCAAUCGAGAUGCUUGGAAUGACUUAGAAAAAUAUGUAAGAAAAAAAGCAAAAAAUAAUAAAAAUGUUUAUAUUUGUUCAGGUCCACUAUUUUUACCAAAAAAAGGAGAUGAUGGAAAAUUAUGGAUUAAAUAUCAAGUUAUUGGAGAUAACCACGUUGCGGUUCCUACACAUUUUUAUAAAAUUAUUGUUACUGAAAGUAAUAAGUCCCAAUUUUAUUUAGAGUGUUAUGUGAUGCCAAAUCAAGUUAUUCCAAACAAUAUACCAUUAAAAGACUUUCAAAUGCCAUUGGAAGUUAUUGAACGUGCAUCGGGAUUACAAUUUUUUAAAAGACUGACACUUGAUAAAUUCAUUAAACUGGAAAAAUAAUUAUAAUUGUUAUAGGGUAGUUUCAUUUAUAUUUGUAUUAUAUAAUAUAAUCAUAUAUCCUUA